AUGACUUCGACUAAUACGAAUCAGAAAGCUGUUGCUUCAGCCAAAAUCAGGGUCGCGAACUUAACGAAAAGCUACGAGGAAAUGGUAGCUGCAGUAAAAGAGCUGGUCGAGUGUCAGCCUCAAUUAAAUGAUCAAGAAAUAAACUGGUUGUCUAUUGCUUAUAAGCAUUCUGUGAAUAUACGCCGGGAUUCUUGGCGUACUAUUAAACAAAAAUUGGACCAAGAAAAGGCUGCAGGCCACACCAAAAAUGUUGAAAAGGCGCAAAAGUUACUGAAACAGAUCGAGAAGGAAAUGCGCUUUUACUGCACCGAUAUUCUACAAAUGCUGGAAGAGAAAAUUCUACCAAAUGUAAAAGAUGAAAGCGCUUUAGCUUUAUGUUUCAAGUUAGUGGGAGACCAUAAUCGUUUUCUUGCAGAGUUUGAAACUGAUAGAGCACAAAUUCAGGCAAUCGAGAAUGGCUUAAAAGCUUACGAAGAAAGUUAUAAAUUGGCUAAAAAGCUAAAUAGUACUAGUCCUGUGUUUUUGGCUAUAGUGCUCAAUUACUCUCUAUUUGCAACUGAAAUUGCCAAAGACACUCAACUGGCAAUAAAUAUGAUUAUAUCGGCACGUAAUGCUAUCACAGAGUAUGACAUACUUAGUAGAGAGACCCUUGUUAUUCUCAAAUGUUUGGAUGAAAAUGUGCGUCAAUGGGCUGCUACAAAAGAUUGGCAGUGA